CUGCUCUUUUACCUGAACACUGUGGCCCUGGUGAUGGGGAAUGGAACCAACUUCAUCCACGUCUGGUUUGGGCUGGCCAAGCUGGGCUGCAUGGUGGCUUUUCUCAACUUCAAUGUCCAGUCUAGAUCUCUCCUGCACUGCAUUAAGACAUAUGCAGCAAAAGCACUGGUGAUAGGAGAAGAUUGUUUGGGAUCAAUAGAGAAAGAAUUUAUUUUUCAUCUCUUGGAAAAUAAUGUUGCUGUCUGGCUGACGAGUACCAGUUCUCCUUUCCAGCAUGUUCACACUAUACCAGACAAACUACACAAGGUGCCAGAUCACCCUGUUCCAUCUCACCUUAAAGUUGUCACUAAUACAAGGAACACAGCUAUGUAUAUCUUCACAUCGGGAAGUACAGGUUUCCCAAAAGCUGCUAUCAUCACUCAUCUAAGAGCUCCACCUGCCUGCUUAGCAUUUACUCACUGUGGUGCAGUUUCUGAGGAUAUUAUGUACCUCACUCUUCCCUUGUACCACAUCAGCACUUCUAUUCUUGGCACCUGUGGAUGCAUUGAAUUAGGAGCAACUUGUGUUUUGAAGAAGAAAUUUUCUGCAACCCAGUUUUGGAAUGACUGUAGAAAAUACAAUGUUACAAUGUUUUUGUUCAUAGAAGAACUCUGUAACCAGCCCAGUAUAAGUUCUUGUAAAGAAGAGGACAGAGUUCACAAAGUGUGCAUUGUUGUAGGAAAUGGUAUCAGACCUGCUGCCUGGAAAAAAUUUCUGAUGCGGUUUGGCCCAAUUAAAAUACUUGAAUUCUACGGAUCCACAGAAGGGAAUCUCAGUUUCUUGAACUAUACUAAUAAAAUAGGAGCUGUGGGUGGCAUCUUCUCAAAGUUCCUACAUUCUUUUGAGUUGCUGAAAUAUGAUGUCUGGAAACAAGAACUUAUGAAGGAUGAAAAUGGAAGGUGUAAGAAAGCAUCCAGAGGUAAACCUGGUCUUCUAGUUGUCCAAGUUACUCAGGAUGCCCCAUUUUCUGGAUAUGCUGGAAAUAAUGAAGCCUCAGAGAAUAAACUCCGGCGUAACGUGUUUGUGAAAGGAGAUGUGUAUUUUAACACAGGAGACCUCCUAAUAAUGGAUGAGGAUGGCUUCCUCUACUUCACUGACAGGGUGGGAGACAAUUUCAGGUGGAAAGGAGAAAAUGUUGCCACUGUAGAAGUUGUGGAGAUCAUUAGUAUGAUGGAUUUUGUCCAAGAAGUUAAUGUUUAUGGUGUAAGCAUAAAAAACUAUGAAGGAAGAAUAGGAAUGGCAGUUUUGUGCUUAAACCCGACCAAUGGGUUUAUUGUGCUUAAACCCGACCAACCCUUUAAUGGAGAAAGACUUUAUCAGCAUGUUGUAGACUUCCUUCCAAGUUAUGCCCAACCACACUUUGUCAGAAUCACAGAUGUUAUGCAACUUACUGCAAUUUUAAAGCAUCAGAAAAUGCAUCUGGUGAAUGAAGGAUUUAAUCCAGAAAUUGUAUCUGAACCUCUGUAUUUCAUGCACGAACCUGUACAUUUCUGUAUUCCUUUGACAAGAGAGAUAUACAAGAACGUGGUUUCUGGUGAAAUACAUUUAGAAAGCAUACAUUAA